UCAGUGCACGCGAGCGUACACCCCCACCAUCCUUUGGUUCCUCUAGGAUAGUUCGAUUUCUUCCAUCUCCAAGGUGUGGGGAGCACGGGGUUGGUCGGGAGCCAUGGACAGCGUUGAAGACAAGUUGAAGCGCAUGAAUCUCUCAGAGGCUGAGAGGAGGGGUGUGAAAAUCGGCUGGAGGAGAGCGGCGGAGCAGAAGGGGAGUGUGGCUAAAGCAAUGGGGAAGUUGUUCUCUGAUAAACCGGGACAUGUAGGAGGUAUGGAGCUGGCGCUAGGCAAGAUUUGGUGCCCGAUGAAGAGGCUGGAGGUGAAGGAGAUGGGAGAGAACCGAUUCUUGUUCCUUUUUCAUCAGGAGGCGGGGAAGAGAAAAGCACUGGAUAAUGGCCCAUGGACCUUUGGCAAGGAGCUGCUCGUGAUGGAAGACUUCGAUCCUCGCAAAACACUAGAGGAUUACACUUUCGACACGGUGCCGAUCUGGGCGAGAAUCUACAAUGUUCCGCUGGGAAUGAUGUGUCGGGAGGUGGGGGAAGACUUGGGGGAAGAAAUUGGUAAAUUGAUGGAGGUUGAUGCUGGCGAGGAUGGGACGGCAUUGGGUAAAUGCUUGAGGGUAAAAGUGAAGAUCAAAGUCACUGAACCUCUCAUGAGGGGACUGUACCUAGACGUGGAACCGGAAGAGGGGGAAACAGGGAGUGACAUGGAGGUAGGCAUGACCGAUGGAGAGAGAUCAAAAAAGGAUAAGGAAGGGAGGAUCUAGUGCCAUUUUGAGUACGAAUAUUUGCCUGAUUUCUGCUAUACUUGUGGGAGGCUUGGUCAUGUGGACAGAGAGUGCAGCAUCAGGCUGAGAAAGGGCCAGAAAGCUGAGUUUGGAAGAUGGCUGAAGUAUGUGCCGGAAAGAGCUCAUGUCAAUGAGGCAGGAAGAACAAACUGGAGAGAAAACAGUGGUGGCAGUUCAGGCAGGAGGUAUGGGUGGCUGAAUAGCGAGGGGAGGUCUAGGAGUGAUGUGGAGUCCUGGAAGAAAUCGAGUGGAAGUGGGGGAGACAAGGAAAAGAAGAGCACGAUCGAAACUGAAGUUACAAGUCCUCUAAAGAUCACACUGCCAGCCAGCGAGCAAAAUAAGGAAAAGAGUGGGGAUAAGAGCAAAAAAUGUCUGAGGUUUGGCGCUUUGGAGGAAGCGGAAGGAUCAGGGAGUGCGGCCACAAACGAGGCAGUCCCAAACAAGCAGGGGGACCCUUCUGCAGGGGUAGAGAGAGGAGCAAUAGACGCCGAGAGAGGUGGAAAGAGUGAUAUAAAGGGGGAACUGCAGCCAGAUGUGAAGGCUCAUACCUUAAAAAAAGAGUAAGAAGGGCAGGAAUGGCACGUUUAAGCGUGUGUCUAGGGAGAGUACGGGGGUAGCAGCUUCAGUGGUCAUCGGUGAGAAGAGGAAGGGAGAGGACAUGGAUAUUGAUGUUAUGGGGGGGCCAAAGAAGACGAAGGGAGGGGGGAGUGACAAGGAGGGAGACGGAGCCGUAAAGAAAUGUGAGGAUGCGGGGCUGCCGGGACAGCCCUGCGGGAACCAAUGAAGCUUAUCUCAUGGAAUUGCCGGGGGUUGGGGAACGGCCCAGCAAUUCGCAGCCUUCUGGAGCUCCAGAAGGAGGAGGACCCCGAUGUGCUUUUUUUGUCAGAAACAAGGAUGGUGCGUGGCAGGCUGGAAUGGUUGAGGUGGAAGAUGGGCAUGACCAAUAUGAUUGUAAAAGACUGCGAGGGGCAGAGUGGUGGACUGGCUUUGUUUUGGUAGAAUCAUGUUAAUCUUAAGCUAAUUGGUUUUGUCUCUCGGCACCAUAUUGAUACGGAAAUAACUGAAUCGGACGGAUUCGUUUGGCGGUUCACAGGGAUUUAUGGAGAACCAAAGCAUGAUGAAAAGGAUAAGACGUGGAAAUUACUGCGAAACCUGAAACACCAAAGCAAUAAGCCUUGGCUGUGUGCCGGAGAUUUCAGUGAGAUCCUACAUUCAUGGGAGAAGGAUGGAGGAGCACCUCGAAUUCAAGCUUGCAUGGACCGUUUUAAGGCGGCUCUAGAGGUGUGUGAGCUACGAGAUCUCGGCUUUGUGGGGGACACCUUCACUUGGCGAAAUCACAGUCAUGAUGCUUCCCGGUACAUUAAAGAAAGACUGGAUAGGGCGGUCGACAUGCAGACUUGGUGCAACAGAUUCCCAGCAUUCCGUGUCAUCAAUGGAGACCCUCGGCACUCGGAUCACCGCCCGAUAAUUAUUGAGCUGCAGGGAGCUGCUAAGCUAAGAAGGGGGUCGGCGAGGAGUUUGGAGCCCAGAUUUGAAGCGAGAUGGCUUGAAGAGGAGAUGUGUCGAGAACUAGUUCGAAACAAGUGGGAGAGAGAGAUGGCGGGCAGUGACAAGAAGGUAGCAGAGGUGACAAGAGGAGUGAUGACAGACCUUGUUGAUUGGAGUAGAAAUAUCCUGGGGGACCUAGAUAAGAGAAUUUGCAGAACAAAGGAGUUAGAGCGGUGUAGACGUGGUAACAUUGGGCCGGAGCAAGUUAGGAGGGAGGAGGUGUUGCGAUUCAUGCUGAACCGGUUGGAGGAGCAAAGAGAAACCUAUUGGAGGCAACGGGCACAUGUACAUUGGUUGAAGUGCGGGGAUAGAAACACAAAAUUCUUCCAUGCAGCAGCCUCAGAGAGAAAGCGAAGGAAUAAGAUUAGAAGGUUGAAGAAGGAGGAUGGAACGGUGGUGGAGGAAGAGGGGGCCAUGAAAGAUGUGGUGACUAACUAUUUUUUGAAUCUUUUUACCUCCCAUGCAGGUACGAGGACGGAGGAGCUCUUGGGUCACGUUGACCCUCGAGUGACUCCGCAAAUGAAUGCCUUACUCGGCGAGGCGUUCACAGAAAAGGAGGUAGUUGACGCCUUGCAAAGUAUUGGAGACCUAAAGGCCCCGGGUCCGGAUGGUUGGAAUGAUACAUGUGUUGUCCUCAUACCGAAGGUGCUUAAUCCGGAGAGCAUGAAGGACUUGAGGCCCAUUAGUCUGUGCAAUGUGGUGUAUAAACUCAUCUCGAAGAAUAAGAGAACGGGAAAAGAUGGCUAUGCUGCGGUGAAGUUAGAUAUGAGCAAGGCAUAUGACAAGGUGGAGUGGGACUUUUUGGAGAAGAUGAUGUACCAGCUCGGCUUUGAGGAGAGGUGGAUUAAGCUGGUAAUGCUAUGUAUCUCCACUGUGUCAUACAAGUUUAAGGUGAAUGGAGAAUGCACGGAUGUGGUGGUGCCCCAAAGAGGUCUCCGUCAAGGUGAUCCUCUAUCACCGUAUCUGUUUUUGAUUGUUGCCGAGGGGUUUUCCUCCUUGCUUAAUAGAGCGGAAAGGGAGGGAAGAUUAAAUGGAAUACGUAUUUGCAAUGGUGCCCCGAGUUUAAACCAUCUACUGUUUGCAGAUGACUGUUUGGUACUUAUGAAAGCUUCGCGAGAGAGUGCCAUACAUCUGCAGAACGUGCUAAAUCUGUAUGAGGUGUGCUCGGGACAGAGUGUGAACUACGACAAGUCUUCCGUUAUGUUCAGCAAGACCACAGGUGCAGUGCAGAAACAACAGGUGCUAGCAGAGUUGCAAAUUGGAAAUGUGACCAGAUCAGAGAGGUACUUGGGGCUGCCGGUGUAUGUGGGCAGGAACAAAACCAAAAUGUUUGAAUACUUAAAGGACCGCAUGUGGAAUCGAAUCCAAGGCUGGUUGGAAAGGCUAAUGUCGAAGGCAGCCAAAGAUGUGCUCAUAAAAGCUUGUGCCCAGGCAAUACCCACUGUCGGGGAUAUACCCCGUGGUAUGACCCGGCCGGAAGUAUGACCCGGCCGGACUUGGCAUUUCGCUGAUGACCCGGCGGAGGACUAGC